GGAUAACCGUUCGUGCGAAAUUUCCUGCUUCUAGAGGUUUCCGACGCGAUGUCUCUUUCUGCCAGAGCUCCCGUGGCAGCAGAUUACCGUUGAAGCUAUCGAGACCGUUCAUCUACAGCUCCUCUUCUCAUCCCCGCCAUCCAUCCCACAGCGCUAUGCCCCUAUUCCAUGCCACCUCGUGCCGCUUCCGUCCUCACAUCGCCUUUUUUACCCAAGCGUCCGCCGGCCUUCUAACCCCAUCCAGAUCUUGUUUAUCGGGGAAUUUCCAUUCGUCAAGCCCACUCUCCACUUCUUGCGAAUUCAGAGGUUACUCCUCUCGCAAGCAUCCCUUGUCUUACAAGGCGUUGACCGGCAAGAAUUCGGACUUCAGUUGUGCCCCGCCGCCCGCACAUCCCUCCAGGAAUUCGUCCGAGUCCGACGAUUCGUCUGCGAGCGCCGCCAUUUCCGGCAUCAGCAUGCCGCAGCACGCGCCCACCGCGACGGAGGGGGCGGUUGACGCCGCGACUGGCGCGCCUAAGAGCGCUCCCGGGCUGAAUUGCGUGCGGAAGCUGCUCGCCGAGGAUCCCGUCGGCGGGUGGGACAAGGCGUGGCAGGCCAGCACGACGCCGUGGGACCUGGGCGGGGUGACGCCGGCGGUGGCCGCCAUGGUGGCAGCAGGGGAGGGGUCGCCGCUGCAUCUGCCGCCCGCCAUCCGCAGCGUGCUCGUCCCCGGCUGUGGCACCGGGUAUGACGUGGAGGCGUUUGCGUCGAAUGGCAGGCAGGCCACAGGGCUGGACAUCUCGUCGUCUGCCGUGGCGCACGCAGAGAAGCGGGUGGAAGGUGCGGCCAACAGGGCGGCCAUGGCGUUUGUGUGCGCUGACUUUUUCAAGUACCGGCCCGACCAGCCCUUCGAUGCCAUCUUCGACUACACCUUCUUCUGUGCGCUGCCGCCUUCGCUGCGCCCCAAGUGGGCGGCCAAGACAGCGGAGCUGCUCGCAGCAGAUGGGGCCCUCUACACACUCAUGUUCCCGAUCGACGGCCACGAGGGCGGCCCGCCCUUUGCUGUGUCCAAGGCCAGCUACGCGGAGGUGCUGGAGCCGCUAGGGUUCACGGUAGAGGAUCUGCCCACCGUCAGCCCGCCGCCCAGACAGGGCAAGGAGCAGCUGGCGAGGUGGGUGCGAGUGGCUCCUGCUGCCAAGGUGUGACGCGGGGUGGGCAGCGCCAAGGGUGCGCGGCAUGCAACGGCUGCGCAUGUUUUUGAGUCGACUCAAAAUACAACGGCUGAGCAGGUUCAUCCGGCAGCAGUGGCCUGCCAUGCGCUCAUGUGCUGCUCCCCCCUGCACUGCUCGGUGCUCCCUUGGGAGGUUGGCCGCAAGCCGUGGCCCCAGCCACACAGAUGUUGCAACGAGCGACGACUUAGGGUGCUCACUGCGUAGUGAUUUCCUGUGGUGUGCGGGCGUGCAGCCCGUAGUCGUAUUUCUAUUGCUGAUAUUGCUUGUCUGCGCAGAGUAAUUCUCGCAUUGUCCUCACAGCAUAAUAAUCAACCUACCACCACUAC